CUCAGUUGCUGACUGACUGUCGCAAUGCCGAGAUUGCUAUUAGACAAGUGCACCUUUGAUUGCUCAGGAUUGCCCAGGGCAAUGCUGUCGACGCUGUUAUUAAUUAUAAUCGCACAUCUAAGCGAUAGCUCAACCAUCGGCGACUAUUGUGCGCCUUCGUUGUGCGAAUUCUACAAUGGCAGCCACAUUCUGCAGGAGACAAACACGGCGUGUGGCAACAAUGGCAGCUUUGGCGAGGAUUGUGGUCCCAAGCCCAAGCUCCUCUACAUGAGUCCGCGACGCCGUCAACUGUUGCUGGACAUGCAUAAUCUGGUGCGUGACAAAGUCGCCGAAGGAGGCGUCGAAGGAUAUGCGGCAGCCGCACAGAUGCCCAUGCUCAAGUGGGACGAGGAACUGGAACACAUGGCCGAGCUGCAUGCGAAGCGUUGUCGGUUUGCCCAUGACAAGUGCCGGAAUACGCCACGCUUCAAGUUUAGUGGACAGAAUAUUGGCUACUUUUGGAUUGGACGCGAUUUCAAGUCGCAUUCCCGUCGCAUGAAGACCUUCGUUUUGGACUGGUUCAGAGAGUACAAAGAUGCCAAUCAAAGCUACAUCGACAGCUACCACUCGCAUCCGGAGGGCAAAAAGAUUGGACACUUCACCAUGCUAGUUGGGGAUCAAGUGCGUCGCGUCGGUUGUGCUGGGGUCAAAUUCCUGGAGCCCGACGAGAAUAAAUUUCUGUUCAUGUUGACCUGCAACUACGACUACAACAAUAUCUACAACGAGCCCAUCUAUGAGACGGGUCCAACAGCUUCAAAGUGUGUGGAUCCUGUUAGCAAAAAGUAUCCUGCACUUUGUGAUUGACGAGUUCUAGAGGAACAGAUGAAGGAUGACGGCAACACACUGGACAACAAUAUAGCUGUCUGAACUAAGGGCAGAGUGUGAGAAAGUUCAAAUUCAAGUGAAA